GUUUUGCGAAUGGUGGUGACUCUUGAGCCUUCCAAAGAAUUUUGGAAUGAAUUUGGCUUGGGUGCUUUCCAAAAACAGCUUGAUCAAUAUGCUGGGGAUAUGACUGUUCGCCAAGAUGAGGCAGAGCUCGGUCGCAAAAAGCUUAUUGAAAUGAGUAAAGAAUUCAAAAAAUCUGCGACUGAUGAAGUCAGAAAGACUGUGUCUCCUCUUGUAAAAGCAUUUCAGUCAGAGAUAGACAGCCUAACACGAAGAAGCAAAGCAGCAGAGUCCUGUUUUUUGACAGUUUAUAAAAAACUCUCUGAUGCACCUGACCCAGCACCUCUACUCAACCAGGCUGUUGCCAGUAAGCAAAAGCUAUCUACACUGACUGAUCUCGAGUUGGAAAAGAAUCAGCUUAGAGAGACACUGGAGCAGUAUAAUUUGCAAUUUGCCUCUUACAAAUCUCAAGAAAUUGAAUUGGAAAGUUUGAAGAAAAAGCUUGAGGAUUGCCAAUCCAACAUCAGCAAAGAAGUUGAAGCCCAGGUUGUUGAAUUGAAAGACAAUUUGACUAAAGAUUAUACAAUGAAAGAAAAUAUCUUUCUGGAAACCAAUCAAGAACUCUCAUCAAAACUUUCAGAGCAGAAUGCUACAAUUUUGAAUCUGCAGAAGUCUCUUGAAAAUGCUGAAUCUGAAAUUUUUGAGUUCAAAUCUAAAUAUGAUGAAGAGAUUAAGAAUAAAAACUCUGAAAUCGAACUUUAUCUGUCAGAUCUCGAGGUAGCCAACCACAGGUUAAAUCAGAGUGGGCAGCUCAUUGAGCAAUAUGAGAAAACAACUUCGCAAAUUAGUGUGGAAAGUGAGAUAAGUGACAUCAAAGUUAAGCAACGGUUACUUGAGGCAGACUUAAAGAAUAAGGACUCUGAAAUAUUGCGGUUGGUUGAAGAAACACACAACCUGCAAACUGAAAUAGCUUUGAAAGAUACCGAGUUUCGAAGUAAAUCCCUCCAACAAGACCAAGAGUUGGAAACUGCCAAUUCCAAGUUUGAGGAUGCAUUAAAAGAGCUUGAAGCAUGUUCCGACUAUCAUGAUAUAAAAAAGGAGCUGACCAUUCUCAAAAGUGUAGAGUUCAGUCAAACCUUUGACAACAAUCCAGAAAAGUCUCUUGAGUUUCUUUUGCUCGAGAAAAAUAGAGCAAUGCAAGCAGAUAACUCAAACCUGAGGCUUGAAGUCCACAAUUAUCGCAAUCAAGUUGCUGCCUUGGAGAGUGAGGUACAGUACAGUAAAAACGAACAGGAGGAACAGAUUGUUCUGAUCAAACAAUUGGAGCAGGAUCUGAAUCAGCUCCAAGCUCACAGAGUCAGGGAGGAUGCUGAUGGGGAGCCUUCUCAGGUUGUAGAAAGCGUAACCAAUACCCUAACUGAGGAGUCAGUGGAUAUGCUUGCUAUUGUAACCAGUCAGAGGGAGAGGUUCAAGGCUAAGAAUCAGAUGCUUGAAACUGACUUCCAGCAAUUGAAAAGUAGUUAUGCCGUCUUGCAACAAGAUAACUCUACACUUAGAACCGACAACAUGAAACUUUAUGAAAGGAUCAAAUUUUUGCAAACAAUGUCAACAUCCAACCUUAAUCUAGAUGAUGAUAUUACAUCGAAAUACUCUUCACAGUAUGAGGCACACAUUGAUCCAUUUUCUGACUUCAACAGAAAAGAAAGACAGCGCAAAUACGUUAAUCUCAACUCAGCUGAGCGUGUAGUCCUGAAUUUGGGAAAGAUGAUUCUAUCUGACAAGAUUGCUCGCCAAGUAGUAUUCUUCUACUCAAUUGUUCUGCACUUGCUUGUCUUCUUAGUUUUGUAUAAGUUUGCCGUAUCUGAGGACUGUAUCCAACUGUCAGAUUGUAAUGAUGCUUAUCAGGCUCACAUGAUUGAACAUCAUCCUUAAAACUUUAAAGUGGGUUGACUCAAUUUCGAUAUUUUGACAGUAAAAUAAUCAGCUUUUGAUGUAGCAAGAAUUUGAUAGCAUUAUCAGUUGUGUAAGUAGUUUUGGCAUCUUAAUGUAAUUUUGAUGUCAUGGGUUUAUCUUUAAUGCAUCCAAUUUGAAAAAUCGAUCCUGUUAUGUGCAAAACUAAGCAUGUAUUAUAGCAUCUGUUUUGAUUGUUAAACAUUUAAGAAUUUGAUUGCACAGAAUAUAAUUGUUUUUUUUUGCAGAAUUUUGAUGGGGAUAAAACACUUUUUGUUUUGUCUUAAAUUAAUUUCAAUUCUACUUAAGUUAUUAAAUUGAGAGAAUGCUUUGUAAUCAAUCUGCGUUUUUAAUUUGUGUGCUUUAAUUCAAGUCAUUCGACAUGAAAUACCAAUCAAGAGCUGAGUUACUAUAUUGUGAAUCAAAUUCACAAUGAUCUCCAAUUCUGACUCAAUAAUAUUAGUAUAACUAUGCUGUAUUGUGAAACAUCGAAUUCUUGAGCCACUUUAAAUUUCUCGCCAAACUUUAACCUUAAAGUUGUCUUAUUAAACGGUGGUGCAAUGAUUUUGGUUAUACCUGUCAAAUUAUGCUAAAAGUAAGGGAAUUGCUACAUAUUCAAUACUCUGCUGACAGCUACGUCGAAAUAAAGUGUCGUCACGAAUUUAAUUUCAUAAGAUACUGAUGAAUACCAGAAUUGUAUGUUUUACAGCAGCAAACAUUAUGAUUUAAAUGAUGAAUCUCCCUACUAAUUAUGAUUAACUUAUUAUUAACUCUCCUUUCUUACCUCCUAGGUUUAUGUUGAUUUCAGUUCCAGUUCAUGAGUUAAGCCUGAGACAGUGAUAACGCGCCCCAAGGUGAUCAGUGUAUUUAUUUGCUGUUAAGUUUCAACACACUGUAUUGUGACAUAUUGCUCAAUCUCUCAGGUUAUUGUCAUGUAAUUUAGAUUUAUCAUUUGUCAAGCUGUAUUCAACAGAAAAUUGCGAUCUUGUGUGUCCCAAGCUAGAUAUUAUUAGGAUCUGCACCAGGUGUUGAUAAUGAGAUUCUAGACUAAUCCGUAAUCAUCAGGGCUUAUUUCCACUGACACAGCCUUGUGGAUUAUCUAUGCUCACAUUAGAUUAUUCUAUACUUUAUCACUCUUCAUCAGAGUUGUUACACCCGGAACUGCUUUCUCAAUUUAUGUGUAGCCUUAUUGCUUAUAGAACAUUACCUGAACUUUACCACAUCCUGUUAACUACAUCCGCGCUUUUAAUUUAAAUGCAUUCGAUAUACUGCUGGCACCUGCAAGCAAAUUGACCUGAAAGUAAAUUCACAUACAAACUAUCAGUUCAGUUGUUGGAUCUUAGCUCAUUAUCUAUUAAACUACAGGUAUAUAGAGCUCUAAUAAUCUGUCUCUUUAUGACAUCUAUUGGUCAUGUGCUUCUCAUUUCCCAAUUAAUACCAGGCACUUGGUGUCACGACCGGUGACCCAAAGGGGGAUAAGUGACCGGCGUUUUAAAUAUUGAAAUACUCAUAAAAGUUAAUAUGAGGGCUAACGUACAGUAUGCUCAUAUAUUAUUAUUAGGAGAACUUUUGAUUGUCUGGCUGCUGAUAUUGGAAUGGCAAAUACCAAAGCAAUCCGAUUGGUUGUUAAGAUUUUCUGUAGCAAAAUACUUGGCGAUUAUUUGCGAGUGACCCGACAUGUUAGAUUGAUCAAUCUGCUUAAUUUUGUAAUAAUCUUUGAUCUUCUUGCUAUGAGCCUGCUCAGUGCUCAUGCUAUUAUUAAGAUUGCUGUUUAUUUGAGUGCCUGAUUUUACUCUUAGAUCUGC